AUGCUAGCAACUUCACACCGACAGAGAGCAAAGAUAAGGCGGAAUGGAGACCAUAGGUCUCCGCGCCGGCUCAAAAAGAAAGGUUCUUACUCCGAGAAGACUUACCAAAAAGAGCCAAAGCAUUCAGGUCAGCAACUCGACCUUCGCCUACUUCGGAAGGAUCCAAUGAAACCCAAGGAUCAGGGCAACCUCUUGGAUAUCUCGCUUCUUGGCCGCUCUUUACACUGUCCCACCAUUUGGUGGUGUGCGGAGAAGAUAUAUCCGGGGAAGCGCUUUGAUAAGUAUGCUAUCCUUGGCGACGAUAUUUGUAUCGCCGACUCAAAGGUCGCAGAAGUCUACCUAUCUACACUUAAGGAUUUAGGCUUCUUGGUAAACUUAACAACACUAAGUCGUCUACAGUCUUACGGCUGA